AUGGCUGCCGACUCUGCCGAAACGGCGCCUUCUCUACCGUACCACGAACCAGACAUCAUCACAAUCCUCAUCCUCACUUCGUUCCUGCUGCUACUCAACGUCAUCAAUUCCAUAUUCGACAAGUUCCUCUACUGCGGCCUCCUCGGCCAAAUCGCUGUCGGCAUCGCAUGGGGCACUCCAGGCGCGAAGAUACUUUCGUCCAACGUCCAAGAUGCCGUGGUUCAGUUGGGAUAUCUGGGGUUGCUACUACUUGUAUUUGAAGGUGGCCUACAUACCUCGUUCCAAUCGCUAAAAGCAAAUCUACUGCUAUCAUCCGGUGUCGCGUUGACGGGAAUCGCCUUGCCCGUGGGCUUGUCGUAUACCCUCCAAGGCCUACUCGACGCGACGCCGUUGCAAGCUUUUGCCGCUGGAGCAGCAUUGUGCUCAACCAGUCUUGGCACAACAUUCACCGUUCUAGCGUCGAGUGGUUUGUCGGCGUCCAGACUGGGUGUUGUGCUGACGAGUGCGGCUAUGAUGGAUGAUGUUGUGGGACUCGUCAUGGUGCAAGUGAUUUCUAACUUGGGUGGAAGCAACUUUAGUUGGGUUGUUGUUGUGCGCCCGGUUCUUGUGUCGGUAGCAUUUGCGCUGGUUGUACCUGUUGCUUGCCUCUUUAUUGCGAGACCAGUCACUAUACAGAUUAACAAGUACCGCGAAACGCAUUCAGAUGAGACCUUGGAAAACCUUCUGCGGAAGCCCCAGACAGCCUUUGUGCUGCACACUCUCCUUUUGGUUGGCUUGGUUGUUGGUGCAACCUAUGCUGGGACUUCGAACCUUUUCGCCGCGUAUGUCGCCGGAGCAAGCAUUAGUUGGUGGGACUCUGAAGUGGCCCAUCCAGUUGUUAAGACAACAGUACAAGGAGCUGCAGCUGUUGGUGAAAAGAGCACGAUGCCUACUGAUCCUUCUCCAGAGCCGUCGAAUGGCUCACAAGGCUCCGAUGAAAUCCAAAACUCUAUGCAGAGUACAUCAACCUCCAAAGCCGAAGAAGCGCCCCAGGAUCCAUCGGAAACACAACCCGUUGAAACAUCAAGUACAUUCAAUGGCGACGAAGCCACAUCUGGAUCCGCCAUCUAUCACCGAUACUACCACCCCGCUGUUUCCAAAAUCCUCCAGCCCUUUUUCUUCGCUUCUAUCGGAUUUUCUAUCCCAAUCACCCGCAUGUUCAGAGGCGCCAUUGUAUGGCGCGGUCUCGUCUAUACCAUUCUCAUGCUCCUCGGCAAGGUCGCCUGCGGCCUCUGGCUCGUCCGGUUCCCCAUUGCACCAGCCAAAGGCAAUGUAAGGCGCGUAUUGUCCAAACUAAAACAGCUAUACGUCCCGCAUUUUUGGUCUACAAGCACAAGCACAGCAACGCCUAGGCCGAACAGCGCAAGAGAAACGACCACGAGUGCAUCGACGCGCGCUUCGCCGAACCCAUCAAAGCCGUUUUCACUUCACCCUCCCCUCAUUAUCGCUCUUGCAAUGUGUUCACGUGGCGAGAUUGGAUUCCUUAUAUCUGGUGUUGCAGAAUCAAAAGGCAUCUUCGCCUCACCAAAUGAUGUCUCGACUGACUCGUCGAAUAUCUUUCUCGUGGUGACAUGGGCGAUUGUUCUGUGUACGAUUAUUGGCCCCUUGGGUGUUGGAAUGUCGGUUCGGAGGGUGAAGAUACUGGAGGAGCGCAAGAAUCGAGCGCAUCAGGGAAGUGGGAGGAACGUACUUGGUGUUUGGGGGGUCGAAUGA